AGCCCUGUGAUUGAGUUUAAAGCCUAAUCAGUCUGAUCGCUUGCUUUCAUGUCUGACACCUAAACAACAUCAUUUUUGUUUUAAUACAUCUAUUACCCUGUAGUUUUAAAGGCAUUAUAUUAGGUGCAAAUGCACUUUCUCUGCAACAUUAGUCUGGCACCUUCUCUAUUAAAAGCUUUUAAGCUCAUAAACGCUCAGACUAAGUGGUAUAGAUAGAGAACGGUUGCCUAGGCAACAGCACACUCUGCCACUUUUAGUCCCCAGAGGAGUCGUAUUUCACAUGCAGAUUUUCUGCCUGCCCGACCCACUUUGUUGGCUUUCAGCUAAAAGCUUUUUGCUGCAGACUGACAGAGACAAAAGAGUAGGGGAGAAGGGGAAGGGUUUGGCUAGAAGAGGAGGGCCUUAGCAGGCUGUUGCCAGGGUAACUUGACAUCAUGCUGACGAACUUCCCUCUUUAAAAGCUUUUAAAGCGAUUGCUCCAGCCCUCGAGGUUCCAUUUUGAGGCCUCUUAACUAAGCAUGGGGGGAAGGGCAGCAGAGGCCUGUCUCUAGCACACACAAGCACAUGCUUGAGAAAGCAAAGUAAAGCCUGGAAAACAGACUGCACUGAGAAAGAACCAAGCUUAAAUCAUAAACCCGAAAGAAAGAUACCUAAUCUGUUCAUAAAAUGGCCUCCGAGGACCUCUGCUUUAGUUACACUGUGCCGGGCUCGAACGAGAAGCACAGGAGGGCUCGUAACUGGACGGAUUCUGAGAUGAAAGCUCUUGUGUACAUUUGGGAAGAGUAUGUGACAGAGCUAAAGAAGGCUAAGCGCAAUGCUAAGAUCUACGAGACAAUGGCUAAGCAACUUUACGAAUUAACCGGGGAACAGCGACACAGGGAGGAGAUUAAGAUGAAGAUUACCAACAUGACUUUCCAAUUCAGGAAGCUGAAGUACACAGCAAAUGGUGGGAAUGCUAUACCUGAUUGGCCGUACUACAAAUCUAUUGAGAGGAUCUUGUCAAAGGUACCAGAGCAAGCCCAUAUGAGCCCACCGAACCUCUCGACGUCUGGCCCCUCCACCUCUCAACUUGAGUCUUCUGUGCCCCAGUCAGCUCCGCCAAGUGGGUUUCUACCCGAGUACACUGGUUCCUCAGAGGAAAGAGACAUCAACGAUGAGGAAGAAGGUCUAACAGAGAACUCGGGAAGUUCUUUUGAAACAAGGUCUCAACCACGUAAGAGGCGGAGGCUGUCACAUGUGUCACUACGCCGAAAGAAGCUGCGUAUCCUGGAUGCAAUGCUGCAGGAGCAACGCAGGGUAAGCCAUGCCGUUGAGGAGGCAUGUCACGAAGUUCGCCGUGUUAUGCAUCAGCAAAACUUCCUGCAGGUGCAGAGCCUCCAACUUCAGGAGCGAAUGAUGAACCUCUUGGAGAAGAUGAUUCCUGCUCAGCCUGCUCCUUCUUGGCCCAAUCCACUGGCCUCAAAGAGUUUAGGAACACCCACGCCUGAGUGACAGGGCCUCAGAUAUGGGACCUUUUUUUGUCUUUGCAGAGGAAGCAUUGUUAUGCUAAGUAUAAAAGCUAUAACCAACUAGUUAGCGGUACAUUUUAGACCUGUUUAAGCACUGUUAAGUCUUCUACAAUGAAUAUGCUAUUUAAAAAUGUUGUAACCUACACAAGCAAAUUUGUAAAGAACUGAUAGUUUAUCCACAUCUUGUUCAAACUAUCUGACUCAAAAUGUGUUUCUUCAUGCCUCAAAAGUUUAAAGUUGAUUGUUAUGUGACAAAA